UAUCGCGUCCGUGAUUUGUGCAGCAAUUAAAUGUUGUCAAUGGACAAGAUCAUAUCUUCUAAAACCCACGCCACACUUAAAUUCCGAUUUUUAACACUGUUCGGUGUACCUCUAAAAAAACUCCUUCAAAAGAAAUCUGGAUUUUUUUUGCGACUUCCUGGAUCUUUUCCCAAGUGAAACACGUCGUUUUUUGUUGGAAAGCCGCCGGUUCCAAUUCUAAAAUUCCAAUUUCCGUCGGUUCGAGUUUUGAAUAUGAACAUGGAUUUUUUUUAAUAGCCUCAUACGACAUUUUGAGUACAUUUCGUGACAUUAAAACGAAACUAACACGCAACAGAGCGUAGCAAAGGGUGCACCUGUUAAGCUAAAUGCUAAUGCUAACGUGCAGCUGAGACACAGCCUUGAUACGUAUACAUGACUGCUAGCUAACCUGCUGCCAUCACUGCGUGAAUAAACACGUCUUGUUACGAAAGUAGCUUUACCUGCACCUGUUUUCUUGUUUCACCCAGGCUGAAUGAAAGAUGAACGUCUCCAGGCAGAGAGCCGGAGAUCUAGUGGCGGCCUACAGUCACAGUUUGGAGCAGCAGAUUGUGGGACGAGGCUCCAACCUGGUGUGUAGAGACGAGGAGGUGUGGAUACAGGCCGAGGACCUGCUGAAGGACGGCAAUGCCCAGGAGGCACACUGCCUGGGUCUGGAUCCUCUGAGGGUGAUGGCGGAGUCUCUUGCAGCAGCGGGUGGGGCUGCCGGCGCCGGGCGAGCCCGAACCGGAGGAGGUUUGCAGGGCUUGGAUAAAGCCUUUGAGGUGCUGGAGCAGGCGGCCCUGAACCUGUACCUCGGUCCCUGGAGGGAUGAGUACAAAGUAGUCAAGAUGUACUCCGGUAUGUUUACCCACUUCAUCAAGCCGGUGCUGUCGAUGCCACAGGUUGAGAAACUGUUCGGCCUACUGGGAUACCAGCCCAGCUCGUCUCGGAACGAGCAGCUUCGUCUCCAGGCGCCCGCCGUCGGUCCCGCCUCUCCGUAUGACCUCCUCUGCUUGUCGUGUGCCUUCUUCUUGGCCCGCUGUGAGUGCUGCCUCCUCCGGACGGCGCUGGGGAAGCAUGUGGGCGAGGCCCAGUGGGAGCUGAGUGUGGUGAGGGAGCGGCAGAGAGGAUACAGCCUGCAGGCCGCCCUGGACAACACCAAGAAGAGCCUGGCCUCCAACCAGCCACUGAUGCAGCCUUAUGACGGAGAAGCGGAGGUGGAUCUGUACACGGACGAGCACAUCAAAGGGGGUCAGCGGGAGGUGGUUCUCCAUGACGACGAGAGCCCACACUCAUUGACCUGGGCGGCUCAAAGCAGCGCGUCGGCCCCCGCAGCCAAAGCCCACAGCAACGGAGUGAAGUCCCUGUCCUCCGCGUCCCCCAGAGAGCACAUCUGCGUCUCUAAACUGGACUGCCAGCUGACCAAGGCAGAGCCGGCGGAGCCCGAGCCCACCAGGGACCCCCCGGCUGGCGCCAGGCAGGGCAGGCGCCCGCGUGGAGAGUCCAGGUUCGACAAGGCGGACUCUCAGGCCCGCAGCCUGCAGGUCGGGGCGAUGGGCUUCUGCAGGAUGGAGGCCUGCAGCGUCUUUGACCAGACUCCUCCCCCUUGUCUUGGACGCUGCGUCGACUGCAACGCCACACACGACGUUAACGGCGCCUCCUUCCAGCCUUGCUACGUGGACAAACCAGACGGCGAGGAGGCGAGAGAAUUCGGGCCGCUGUCGCCGCAGGGCGGGAGCCUCGGGCUGAGCGCCGCGGGUGCGUCGCCGCCGCUCUCCGGCGGCAGCGUGGCGAUGUCCUCCUUGGCCCUGUGCAGUGACCCCAAAGCCAUGAUGCCGCCCCGCCACCCGUUCGCCUACCACGAGUGCUGCGACCGCGCCCACCCGGACCCCCUGGCCCUGUGCAUCAGCUGCGGCGUCUUCCACGCCGGGUCGUGCCGACAGAUCGACUUCUGCCAGAUGCACCACGACAUCAAGCCGCUGGGAGUGUGCUCCUGCGGGAGGGAGUGCUCCCGGAAGCCGCUGGUCCUGUGCCGCUACUGUGGGAACGAGUACUGCAGCAACUGUUGGUACAGGAGUCCCGUGGUGUGCUCCUGCGGCCAAACGUUUGACCAGUCGUCUCCCGUGUGACUUGUGCUGCGUUCGGCAAGCAAAGUCACAGUGCCUUAAAAUCUGCUUACUGGAAACUCCAGUAUUUUCUAAACUAAGUACAAUGAAUCGUUCUAUUGUUGCUUUGUCCAGUGCUGAAAGGCAGUAUUGAGUGUGCUCUUUUCUAUUUCAUUCGUCAUUCACUUCUUCUACAUGUGGCCAUAUUUACUAUUAUCAGUAUUUUAAAAAUAUUGUGUACUGUUGAGGCUUUAAGUUUCUGCUCCUAGGUUCCUUUUUAUAUAUCAGUGUGAAGCACAAGAACGUUGGUUUUCAUCUCAAUGACUUGCCUGCACACCAACUGGAGUAAAGGAUGGUUUCUUAGGGUCACUUCGCUGUCAAAGAAUGUACAACUGAGGAAAAAAACAUUAAAUGUAUAUUAUGUAUAACCAUAAGGAACACUUAUCAAGCUCUGAUUGCUAAAAGGGAGACCACCCAGAUGAAUAGGGGAAGCCUAACCUCACCCGUU